GGGGGGCGGUGCGGGCUGCGGCGGCAGUGGCUGCGGCGGGGACGCAGCGCUCCGCUCCCGCAGGAAGCGGCCCGGGGCGGGGGCGGCCGCUCGCAGCCAUGCCGGGCCCGGGGCGCUGAGCCUGCCCCCCCCGGCCCCCCGCCGCCCCCCGGGCCCCCCGCCGCCCCGCACAAUGGAGGAGGAGAGUGUUAAGCAGAGUUCCCGCUCCUCUGAGGCAGCAGAAGAUGAAAAGGACCAGCGUACAGUGACAGUCAACCCCUCUCACAUGAGAAAGGCAUUCAAGGUCAUGAAUGAAUUACGGAGCAAGCGGCUCCUCUGUGAUGUGGUGAUUGUGGCCGAAACCGUGGAGAUGGAAGCCCACCGCGUGGUCCUUGCGGCCUGCAGCCCUUAUUUUUGUGCGAUGUUUACAGGAGACAUGUCUGAAAGUAAAGCCAAGAAGAUUGAGAUAAAAGAUGUUGAUGGGCAAACCCUGAGGAAGCUGAUUGAUUACAUCUACACUGCUGAGAUCGAGGUCACAGAAGAGAAUGUGCAGGUUUUGUUGCCAGCUGCUAGUUUGUUGCAACUGAUGGAUGUUAGGAAAAACUGCUGUGACUUUCUUCAGUCCCAGCUGCAUCCCACGAACUGCCUUGGAAUCCGAGCUUUUGCCGAUGUGCACGCGUGUACUGAACUGCUGCAGCAGGCAAAUGCCUACGCAGAGCAGCACUUUCCUGAGGUGAUGCUAGGAGAAGAAUUUCUUAGCCUUAGUCUGGACCAGGUUUGCAGUUUAAUAUCAAGUGACAAGCUCACAGUCUCCUCUGAAGAAAAGGUCUUCGAAGCGGUUAUUUCUUGGAUAAAUUAUGAGAAGGAAUCUCGCUUAGAGCACAUGGCUAAACUGAUGGAGCAUGUUCGCCUACCCCUUUUGCCCAGAGAUUAUCUCGUACAGACAGUUGAAGAAGAAGCUUUAAUCAAGAAUAACAACACCUGUAAAGACUUCCUUAUCGAGGCCAUGAAGUAUCAUUUGCUUCCUCUGGAUCAAAGGCAACUGAUAAAGAAUCCCAGAACUAAGCCAAGGACUCCCGUUAGCCUGCCAAAGGUGAUGAUCGUGGUAGGUGGGCAAGCGCCCAAAGCCAUUCGCAGUGUGGAGUGCUAUGAUUUUGAGGAGGAGCGGUGGGAUCAGGUUGCUGAGCUUCCCUCAAGGAGAUGCAGAGCAGGUGUGGUAUUUAUGGCUGGCAAUGUUUAUGCUGUCGGGGGCUUUAACGGAUCUUUGAGGGUACGGACGGUGGAUGUGUACAAUGGUGUGAAGGACCAGUGGACGUCCAUAGCCAGCAUGCAGGAAAGGCGAAGCACUUUAGGCGCAGCUGUGCUCAAUGAUCUCCUGUAUGCAGUGGGCGGCUUUGAUGGCAGCACUGGUCUGGCAUCAGUUGAGGCCUAUAGCUAUAAAACCAAUGAAUGGUUUUUUGUGGCUCCCAUGAACACAAGAAGAAGCAGUGUUGGAGUUGGAGUUGUCGAGGGUAAGCUCUAUGCUGUGGGGGGUUAUGAUGGAGCGUCCCGUCAGUGCCUUAGUACCGUCGAGCAGUAUAACCCAGCCACGAACGAAUGGACCUACGUAGCCGACAUGAGCACUCGACGCAGCGGUGCAGGUGUUGGUGUUCUCAGUGGGCUGCUGUACGCUACCGGGGGGCACGAUGGUCCCUUAGUAAGGAAGAGUGUGGAAGUCUAUGAUCCAGGAACAAACACCUGGAAGCAAGUAGCAGACAUGAAUAUGUGUAGAAGAAAUGCAGGUGUGUGUGCGGUGAAUGGUCUCCUCUAUGUGGUGGGAGGAGAUGAUGGUUCCUGUAAUUUGGCCUCGGUGGAAUACUACAACCCCAUCACGGACAAGUGGACGUUAUUGCCAACCAGCAUGAGCACGGGGAGAAGUUAUGCAGGUGUGGCUGUGAUUCACAAACCGUUGUGACACAUGAUCAAGCCGACGGGAGGAGCAGAAGUGAAGUGGAUCCAGCUAGGUGGUGUUGCAAAGAUGACUGACCUCUGACUUGACCCAUCUCGUUGCUGUUAACGUCUUAGCAUGACAAGUGAUACGUUACAAACAUCAUCUGCUCUGCGGUGGAUUGUGUAGCGAAGCGAAAAUCCCUCUGGGGACACGUUCCAUGCUAGACACGAGGUGUUGCUUGUUAUCUGUGGUGCAAUCAACCGUUCUUCUCAAUGGCUAGCGUCCUGAGAUAAACACUGUGCUUGAACUGCAGGCACUGAAUUUCUUUUGUGAAACAAAACUGCUACGUUUGGGCAUGUGAGUAAAAUCAAACACUUCUGGAUUUCUUCACUACUGAUGCUCCGUGCACAUAAUCAGUUGAACUGUUUACUCACUGUGCCUAGAGGGUGGACUUUACUACUGGCAGUGGAAAUGUCUGAGUACCAACUGAGAAAACAGCAGAAAAAGACUGGAACAGGGUGCUCUGGCUUGAGUGUGACGCUGUCUCAGUCAUACAUUUGUCUAUGCCACUGGACUGCUGUAUGUAUCCCUGAAAUGCUUGUCGUACGGUGGAAAUAAAUACCAUGCGAUUUUUCUACUUGCCAUGAAUGCUGUUUGCUGUACGUGAUGGGACCUGCUGGGCAGUGCCUUCCCUGGGGCUGCAGUCUCAGCACCUGAACCAUGCAAAACUUUGCCAACCCCACAAAACAUGUGCUGCUCCGAUGGGGUUUAUUGCUCCUGUGAAACAAAUGUUGCUUGACUAGAAAGUAUUCCCAACCCGUGCAUUUCAGCUGUGCUGAAAGCCCCAGUUCUAGCCCUGUCCAGCAUCUCAAUGCCAUUUCAUAAUAGAGCAUUCAGAUGUUAAGAAAUACCUUAUGGUGCCAUUAAUGUAGAGACAUUACAUAUGGCAAGGACCCUCUGUCACCCAUGCUGUUAUUAAUGAGCAAGGUAAAAUACCUGCAGUGUUUUAAUGCUACCUGCAGUGUUUUAAUGCUUUCUGCGUGCAGAGAUUAACUAAUAAUCACUGUCGCUGUAAUUGCUAUUUUAAUCUUGCCCAUACUGAAGGCGUUCCUUUAUUAGUACGAAGAAUUCAUAAGAUUACUCCAAGCAGACAAAUCUAGAUCCAGCUGGAAUGUAGCUGCCUUGCUUACAUCCCGAAUUCCUAAAGCUUUCUGUUUAAGAUGAUGUUUGACUUUAAAAUACCUUUUUGUGUCUCCUUGUGAGCUCUGGAAUGCUUCUGCAUACUGGGCUGGACUCCCAACAGGUCCCCACCUAAGGGGAACUAAUGAAGAAAAAUACUUUUUCUCUCCUUUUUUGUUGUUUGAUUGGUUUUUGGUUGUGUUUUCUUUUUUUUUUUGUUUUUCCCUCUGUAGAUCAGCUGAGGCUUUUUGUAGCGGGCAGCUGGCCUGUGGGACAGAAUCUGCCCAUGUUACUGUUGAGCUCCAGCACGUACCGCUGCUGUUCUGCUGGUUUCUUUCUCCACGGAUCUCCUAUCAAGAAGACUCCAUGUAACCUUCUACAGUAGAAAAGAAAAAUACUUAAAUUUAUUUCAGAGGGCUCUAAGGCUACAUCACCUUGUGCAGCUUUUGUAAAGGAGUGGGUUACUUGUGUAAAUAAGUAGAUUUUUAGUGCUGGAGUUGACAUGGUCCUUGUAAGAUGGGUGCCUGUUCACUGUGGGGGAAGCAGCACCUACCUUUGCUGUGUUACCUCCCACAGAGGGGGCUCACCUUCCCGGGGAACAUUAGGUAGCACCCACUCCUCUCUGGAUGCUCUUGUUUUUACAAACAAAAGCAAACUGUCCAAAGAAAUGGCAGUAUUAUUCUUGAUGUCUGUCCUUCCAUUGUAUGUCAGCUCAGAGGUCUUGAAAAUAAUAAUAAUAAUAAAAAAAUUAGUCUUAUCUAUAAUACCCCUUAAACCUUUUGCUUUGAGUUCUACAAUCUGCAGUGAAACGUGCCAAAAUACCAUAUGACAUGCUGCUCUUUCACGAGGUGUUGCUUGCUGUAAAAGCUAUUGAGGCUGGUAGGAGCAUAUCCCUGACUGCGGCUGCCUUCAGGUCAGAGUCCUGAGAUGUGUCUUUACAGUGAUAUAAGCAAGACGACGCCUUGGUUUGGGCUGACUCAAAUUCACUUCCCCAAAAGCAAACACCAAAAGGUGUUUCCCUUCCAUGCAGCCUGUGGGAAUAAAGGAUAAAAUGGGACAGGCAAAGCGUUCUGGUCAGAGUUAGCAUCUCUCGUCAGGGUGAGACGACUGGACAAGGGUGGGCAUUUGGGCACACACGGCCCUCGCUAGGCUGGUACAGACGCAGGGAACGUAAAGCUAAGUAACUGCUGUGUAGUCCAGCUGCAGCUCAAUAGCUGGAAGCGGUUACCGACUGACCUCUCACUCGUAGCGUUGCUGGAGUGAAGGCAAAUAUUAGCCAGAGACUAGGAAUUUAUGUGGGCUAGAGAUAAAAACUAGUAAUUAGUGCUAGAAAGAUGCAAGUUUGAAAUUUUUGCUGUUUGUCAGACGUUGUAAAAGGUGAAUUAACCUGAAAGAUGGAUAAUUUUUCCCCUGACAUAUAUCUCUCUAUAAACCUUCCUUGCUUGUAAGGAAAAGAGGUUUUGCUGUUUUUCUGCUAUUGUAAAAUGGCAUUUCUGCCCUCUGCUGGCCCAGACCUGCGGCUUGCUGGACAGGGCUAGGACUUGCAGCCCUUGCCGGGGAUGAGGGACGGUGUUCCUGGCUGCAGCCACUUCUCGAUGGCAAAUGACACGUUUCUUUCUUUCCUUCUCAAACGUUGCAGUGUUAUGCAAGUCAAGUGACCUCGUUUUCCAGCUAUGCAAUAUGAACAACCGUAACGCGUGACAAACCAGCUGUAUCCCCCCCUCCUCGAAAUGCUUUCUGAAUUUGUCUGUCUUUGGCGUGUGGUUUCAUGUUUGUAUUGUUAAUUCUGAGCACCUGAGCCGGAUCCUUUAAAGAUUGCCUUUUUCUAGGACUGAAAACGUAGCGUUAGUGCUAACAAAUUUUACUGUAAAUAUUUUUAUAAGACAAUUUUAAAUAAUUUUUUGGAUUGCUUUUUAUGGUCAUCAAUGACACUUCUGUUAAAUUCUGGAUCUAAUUCUUACGCUCCAAUGCGGUUUUUGCUGGCCACGAUGUAGGUGUGAAUCCUUAUGUUUUCUGCACAAGAAAUUAAAUGUUGUAACUAA